CAUCAAGGUCAUAAGCCCGUAUAACCCCUUAAGCCCUCGCCUCCGCCUUCCCCACAUUUCCUCUCCCCAUGGCCCUCGCGUGUGCAUCGCAUGUGCGCCGCCUCCUCCUCCAAUCCGGCGCCGGAGCUCCGGCGAGAUCCUUCUACUCUCAACCCUACCAAGCCAAGGUCGGCGUAGUGGAGUUCUUGAGCGGGGUUGGCAAGGGGGUGGAGACGCACGCCGCGAAGCUGGAGGAGGCCGUAGGCGGCGAUCUCCAGAGGCUUCUCGAGACCCGCACGCUACGGCUCAAGAAGCUCGGCGUCCCCUGCAAGCAUAGGAAGUUGAUUUUGAGUUUUGCUCACAAGUACCGCCUUGGUCUUUGGAAGCCCCCAGCAAAAGUGCAAUGAAGUAUGUUUGUUUAUCAAGUGCCCACUUUGAACAUGUGAGGCAUUAAUAGUGGUGAUGCAAUUCCAAAUGCCACAAUCUGAAUGUUAUCUGACCAUGCUGUUUGCAACCCGUCAAUUGCACGAUAUUAGCCUUUUCGUCUCAUGUAUACUACAAAUCCAACCAAUAACGGGCCCUUUUGAUGGCAAAUUUAUCUCCGAAAUUGUCUAGAAGGUUGCCUUGUUAGAGAAAGUAUUAUCACUUAAUCGUUCUAAAAUCAUUCGGUUUACAUGCUUCGCUUUUCAA